AUGAAACUGGCUGAAUACGAAGCCGCUGGCCGAACUUUUGUGGUGGCCGAGAUUGCUCAAGCCCAUGAUGGCAGCGUCGGCAUACUGCAUUCGCUGGUGGACGCUGCCGCCGCCGCCGGAGUCGAUGCGAUCAAGUUCCAGGUGCACAUAGCAGAGGCGGAGAGCAGUGCAUUGGAGCCUUUUCGUGUGCGGUUUUCACCGGUGGAUGCAACCCGCUAUGACUACUGGAAGCGCAUGGAGCUUUCAGCUGCCCAGUGGGCUGACCUGAAGCAGCGUUGUGAAGCGGCAGGGGUGGAGUUUCUGGCGACACCGUUUUCCAAUGCUGCCGUUGACCUGCUUGAAAGCAUAGGUGUGGUUCGCUACAAGGUUGGCUCUGGCGAUCUCGCAAACCCCCUCUUGCUGGAGCGGCUCGCACGCACCGGUAAAGAAGUCAUUUUGUCGACGGGUUUGGGCGCGCUUGAGGAAAUAGACGCAGCCGUGGCCCUUAUGCACGAACGCCAGGUACCGGUGGCCGUGCUUCAGUGCACAACAAAAUAUCCAACGGCGCCAGAAGACAUCGGCUUGCCAUGGCUGGCGACCCUGCGCGAGCGAUAUACCUGCCCCGUGGGGCUGUCUGAUCACUCGGGCACGAUCUACGCGGCAUUGGGUGCGGUCGCGCUGGGCGCCGCAGUCAUUGAAGCCCAUAUCACCUUUGACCGUCGCAUGUUCGGGCCCGACGCCAGGGCAUCCCUGACGGUUGACGAUUUUGCCCAGUUGGUAAGAGGCGUUCGCUUUCUGGAGAAAGCAAGGGGGCAAGGCCCCGACAAGGCGGCCGAUGAGGGCAAACACGAACUCAGGCGCAUGUUUGGCAAGGCUCUGGCUGUCAACCGGGACAUGCUGGCUGGCGAGACCUUGCGCUUUGAGGAUCUUGAGAGCAAAAAGCCGGCGGAUGGAGGGGUGCCAGUCGCUAAAAUGGCGGAAGUUUUGGGCUGCAGACUCGGCAAACCCAAGAAACGGUGGGAUUUUCUGACCCAGGACGAUAUCGCAUAG